UUUCGAUCGUCUUUAGAACAAGGGUUCUUGGAUUGAUAUGAUGAUGGGGCGUUUAGCUCUUCUUCUUCUCUUAGCUUUUGCGUCACUGCAGCUCUUUUGCUUCGCCGAUGAUGAUAAUAAUGACGAUGAUGUGGUUUUUUAUGAAUCAUUUGAAGAGUCAUUUGAGGGUCGAUGGAUCGUCUCUAAUAAAGAUGAUUAUAAAGGUUUAUGGAAGCAUUCAAAGAGCGAGGGCCACGAAGACUAUGGUCUUCUGGUGAGUGAGAAGGCAAGAAAGUAUGCAAUAGUGAAAGUGGUUGAUGAACCGGUGAGUCUGAAAGAUGGAACCACCGUGCUUCAGUUCGAGACUCGGCUCCAGAGUGGAAUCGAAUGUGGUGGUGCCUACAUUAAAUUUCUUCGUCCUCAAGAGGCGGGUUGGAAGCCUGAGGAAUUCGACAAUGAAUCCCCUUACUCCAUCAUGUUUGGACCUGACAAAUGUGGGACAACAAACAAGGUGCAUUUCAUAUUUAAGCAUAAGAAUCCCAAGAAUGGGGAAUAUGUUGAACACCAUCUUAAAUACCCACCUUCUGUCCCAUCCGAUAAGCUCACUCAUGUCUACACUGCAACCUUAAAACGCGACAAAGAGGUUAAAAUUAUGAUUGAUGGAGAGGAGAAGAAGAAGGCAAACUUCUUAGCAGCCGAAGAUUUUGAUCCUCCACUUAUCCCAGCCAAGACAAUCCCUGAUCCUGAUGAUAAGAAACCAGAGGAUUGGGAUGACAAAGAAAAGCUUCCUGAUCCAAAUGCUGUGAAACCGGAUGAUUGGGACGAGGAUGCACCAAUGGAAAUCGAGGACGAGGAGGCGGUGAAACCAGAAGGAUGGUUAGACGAUGAGCCUGAGGAGAUAGAUGACCCUGAGGCAACCAAGCCAGAAGAUUGGGAUGAUGAAGAGGAUGGUGUGUGGGAACCCCCAAAGAUGUAUAACCCAAAGUGUGCAAUAGCUCCUGGUUGCGGUGAAUGGAAGAGGCCAAUGAAGAGUAAUCCUGCUUACAAAGGGAAAUGGUCUCCUCCACUAAUUGAUAACCCCAAUUAUAAGGGUGUUUGGAAGGCUAGGGAGAUUCCAAACCCCAACUACUUUGAGCUUGACAAGCCUGACUUUGAGCCUAUUGCUGCCAUUGGUAUUGAGAUUUGGACAAUGCAAGAAGGAAUACUGUUUGAUAAUAUAUUGAUAGCUAAAAACGAGAAGGUUGCCAAGUCAUAUCGAGAGACCAAGUGGAAACCCAAGUUUGAGGUUGAGAAAGAAAGACAGCAGGCUGAGGAAGAAGCUUCUGGUUUAGACUUCCUUGCAAGCAUCAAGAGGAAGGUGUUUAAUGCCCUAUACCAGAUUGCUGAUAUUCCUUUCUUAAGCAACUACAAGCCUCAAAUUCUCGAUCACAUUAAGAAGGCUGAGAAGCAACCAAACCUCACCAUGGGAGUCCUAGUCUCUACUGUCGCCAUUAUCCUCACGAUUUUCUUGAAGCUCAUUUUUGGUGGCAAGAAUCAGCAAUGCCCAAGAAUAGAAACGAAACCAGUACCCGUGGUCGCUGAAACAUCAGAUGAUCAAGGAAGCGAUGGAGAAAAGGUUGAAAAGGCAGAGAAAAAUGAAGCUGCUGCUGCUGCACGACGAAGGAGGCGUGAAACAUAAUAUAAAAAGGAAAAAAGUCUUUAAAACAGAGUGGUCGGUGAUCAUCAGUUCCAAUUGUGGCUGAUUUUUGGGCUUUUAGGUGGUUUUCCCUUUGUAGCUGAAACUUGGUUUUUAACUUUUUGGAUAUUAGAAUUUCCCUUAUAUUCAACAUGUAAUAUCUUUUUGCUGUUGAGUUCAAUGACAUGAGGAAUCCCCAAUUAGAAAAGGAUCGUUGGUUAGUUAUAUGAAAUGUUUUCUAUGUGAAACGUUAACUUACAAAAUGGCUGAGAAUUAGAAGUAAAUGUAGAGCCCUCCAUACAUUGUUACUUUUCA